AUGGGGAAACUCCCACGCUUUAACCUUGCAGCCAUCGCAGCUGUGCUCAGAUGUGGUCAGAUGUGGUCAGAUGUGACUGAAGGUCAUAAGCAAGUGGGUGCCGUUUUGCUCUCUGAUGCUGAUGAGCCAGAGAUAGGAGAUGAAGACAAGCUCACCAAACUCCGUCCCUCAUACUGUCAUGAUCUCCUGAUGGCAAAAGCAAAAAGGCUUUCUGUUUUUGAACGUGGCAGGAUUGUUAAGCUACACAAGCAAGGGCUCUCACAACGUGCCAUUGCUGCCAAGGUUUUACACAUGGUGAAUGUGGGCAUGUCCCCUUUCGAAGGAUCCUGCAUUGGCUUCAUAACUUGUAGCAUACACAUUACAGUCGCCACAAUGGGUAUGGAACUUUUUGCCGUAGCUGUGGUGGUGCUUCUGUUUUUCAUGGUUUUAAAGCAGUUUAGCUUUUGGGACCCGCUCUCUAUGGAGGAGUGUGUAGAUGCUGAGUUGGAGCUGUCUAUGGUGAGACACCAACCUGAAGGUCUGGAGAAACUUCAAGCUCAAACUAAAUUCACCAGGAAGGAACUUCAGUCUCUCUACAGAGGUUUCAAAAAUGAGUGCCCCAGUGGAUUAGUCGAUGAAGAAACCUUUAAGGUUAUUUAUUCCCAAUUCUUCCCUCAAGGAGAUGCAACUACAUACGCACAUUUUCUGUUCAAUGCCUUUGAUAUGGACCGAAAUGGUUCUAUACAGUUUGAGGACUUUGUAAUCGGACUGUCCGUGUUGCUGCGAGGUUCAGUAACUGAGAAGCUUCACUGGGCCUUUAACUUGUACGACAUCAAUAAAGACGGACACAUCACCAAACAGGAAAUGUUAGACAUCAUACAGUCCAUCUACGACAUGAUGGGUCGAUACACAUAUCCCAAUGUGAAGGCUGAGGCACCAUUUGAACAUGUGGAGAAAUUUUUCCAGAAAAUGGACAGGAACAGAGACGGAGUCGUGACCCUCGACGAGUUCAUCGAGACAUGUGAGAAGGACCAGAGCAUUAUGGCUUCCAUGCAGCUGUUUGAGAAUGUUAUCUAAAGUACUGAAAGCCACAGCAUGCGAAAUCAGUAGAAAAUUAAUUCAAUUCAAUUCAAUUCAAUUCAAUUCUGCUGCAUGAUUUCUAAUUGGCUAAUUAAAAGAGAGAAAGUGAUAUUUCCACAAUCAACAGUUUUCCUGACUGACCAGCUGAAACUGCACA